UCGGACUCCCACCACAGCAGUGUCCAAUCAAACUGUGACGUGAGGGGCGAUUCAUUAAAGAGAUGACUACACCGUUCAAUGGGCUUGGCCUCCUCGACGCGACAUUCUAACCCCAUCGACCGUACAAACAAAAUAAAAACAAUGUGGAAGUGAUUCCUCCUAGUGCUCCGACUUGUGUUUCUUCUUAUUUCGAAAAUAUGUACAGCUACGCGUUCUUUGUGUGUUUACUGACGGUGGGCGUGACUGGGCAAUACGAAUGGCAAGCCAGGGACCCCUUCGACGAAGUGUCUCGUUCGAUGAACAGAGUCAACAAGUACAACUGCGAAAUCCAACAUGUUGGCGAUCUGUACCUGCCCGAGAAUUCGGUGUCGCAUCUGCCCGACAUCAAAGACAUCAACAUCAAUCCCGUGUUCCCCAACAGGACUCAAUUGUUGCACAUGCACAACAUGGCACUCAACAGGGCCUUCUUCUGGUCCUACAUACUACAGAGUAGGUUCAUCAGGCCCGCCAUAAACGAUACUUACGAUCCGGGGAUGAUGUACUACUUCUUGUCCACUGUGGCUGAUGUGUCAACAAACAAACACAUCAACGCCAGUGCUAUAUACUUCUCUCCGAACAUGUCGUAUUCCAGCUCGUACCGAGGAUUUUUCAACAAAACGUUUCCGAGGUUUGCACCAAGAACAUUCAGAGCGGACGACUUCAACGACCCCAUCCACCUGGAACGAAUAUCGACGCUCAACACGUUCACGGUGCAAGAUUUGGGCGCCAUCAAGCCCGAAACCAGCAGCGAUUACACCUCCGACUAUUACAGAAUCAACGAAUGGUACAAGAAAUGGCUUCCGGACUUCGUGGUGGGCAGACACGAUACCAAAACCACGUACCAAGUGGAAAUUCGAUACGCCAACAAUACGAACGAAACGUUCACUUUCCACGGACCUCCGGGCGCCGAUGAAAUUCCGGGUCCGGUGAAAUGGACCAGGCCGUAUUUCGACUGCGGAAGAUCCAAUAGGUGGUUGGUGGCGGCGGUCGUUCCAAUUGCCGACAUAUAUCCGAGACAUACAGGAUUCAGACACAUCGAAUACCCGACAUAUACGGGUGUGAGCGUGGUCGAAAUGGAUUUUGAACGAAUAGACAUAAACCAAUGCCCGCCCGGCGAAGGAAAUAACGGUCCUAAUAUGUUCGCAGAUACAGCAAGAUGCAAAAAGGAAACCACAGAGUGCGAACCACUUCACGGCUGGGGUUUUCGAAGAGGAGCUUACCAAUGUAGGUGCAGGCCUGGAUAUAGGUUACCCAUGCAAACCAGGAGACCAUUUUUGGGGGAAAUUGUUGAACGAGCGACAGCGGAACAAUAUUACAACGGAUUUGAUUGCCAGAAGAUUGGAUGGAUCCAAAAACUUCCGAUCCAAUGGGAGAAAGCCGUCCCGUACAUCCGGGAACUCUAUCUCGACAAAUACAGCGAAUACCGUAACCAAACUUUUGGACCUGCUUCGUUGAGUCAACCCAAGCUCAACGUCCAUCGCGUUCUCGACUUCAUAUUGGGAAUGAACAAGGUGAACUGCAAAAACUACAAGCCAGAGGACUUGCAGCUUCACGGAGGCGUCAUGUACGGCGCCGAAGAAUAUUUCCAAAACGAAGCCAAGAUGGCUCUGCGGCUGGCCAACUUCAUCAGUGCCUUUUUGCAAGUUAACGAUCCCAAAGAGGUUUAUUCCGGAAAGAGGGUAACCGAUAAAGAACUGACGGAAGAUCAGAUGUUCGGCGAAACACUUGCUUUAGUUCUAGGCAACAGUCGAAUUUGGUCCGCCGGCACCUAUUGGGAGCGCAACAAGUUCACGAACCGCACCCUGUUUGCCCCGUUCGCUUACAAAAAAAUUCUCAACACCAGAAAAUACAACGUCGAAGAUUUGGCGCGAUUGAACAAACCAGAAGACGUCUACCUCAACAAGCCCUGGUUCAAAUUCCUACGACACCGCUGGGCCUCCAAUUUCGACAAUCUCGAGAAAUUCUGGAUGAAAAUCAGGAUCAGAUUCAACGAGACGGGCGAAACGACCAUGAAGUUCGAACAUUUUCCAAACUACUACAUGGGAGCGAGAUUGGAACACGGUUAUUGGACGGCCCCUUACUAUGAUUGUCACGGAAAAGUGCCGAUGUGGAAAAUAAGAUAUGUGGCGCCCUUCUUCGGUUGGGACAGUCUCAAAGCGAAACUAGAGUUCAAAGGAGCUGUAGGUGUCACAAUGGAUUUACUGAAGUUAGACAUCAAUCAAUGUCCUGAUGAAUACUAUGUAGCAAACGCUUUCAAAGAUACUCACAAAUGCGACCAAAAAACAUCAUAUUGUGUUCCAAUCUUGGGAAGAGGUUUCGAAACUGGUGGUUAUAAAUGCGAAUGCAAACAAGGCUUUGAAUACCCCCUCGAAGACCCCAUAACAUAUUACGAUGGUCAAUUAGUGGAAGCGGAAUUCAGUAACUUGGUGGACAAUAACGAGACACGUUUCAACAUGUUCAAGUGUCGCCUAGCUGGAGCCAGUGGCAUUCAGGCUAGUACAGCAAACAUUAUUAUUUUAUUAAUAGCGUGUUUUGGAAUGUACAAUAAUUUUAGGUAAUACACACAUGAACACGAUGUUGGCAGAAAAAUCAUUAUUAUUUGAUAUCAGUAUAUUAUUGUUCCAGAUCUGAAAUAUGAAAGGCCUUAUAAAUUCAGUGCCUUCAUAGAAAAAAAACAUGACCGAACGUAUGACAAAUUGUAUCAUAAACCGUCCAGAUGUGUACUUCAAUUUCUGUAUAUUUUUUGUUUUUACUAGAUAUAGUUUUUAUAAUAGUUUUAGGUAUUUUUUUACAAGAAAGGCAUACCAUAAUUAUACGACAAGAGUCAAUUAAAUAAUAGAUAUUAUUGAAUAGGUACUGUUGAAUUUUUUUAUUCAGUUUCAUUAUAACCAAUCUUCAUUUCAACUCAUUUCAACAAUUUCUCCUGUUUUUUUUCAAAAGCCCAGAAUCUUUGAUAUUAUUGUAUUUAUACCAACGUUUGUUUCAGUACUUGAAUUAUUUUUUUUUAUAAAAUAACCAGAGAGAUGAAAUGAAGAAGGAAAUGUAAUUUUAUUAAACUUUUCAAACAUAGCUUGGUUGCUUUGUACAAUGUAUGUAUUUUUCUAUCUAGUUAGUGAAAUGAAAAGUCCAUAUAAUCCCUCUGCUGAUGAUCUCGAACUAAAGUAAACAGUUUGUUUUCAGCGGGUUGAUAUAUGAUCAAGACUAAACAUUGCGCAGUUUUGAACAUAAUCUGACAUUGGAAUUGACCUCACUAUGACUGAAAAUCAUGUAAAUAUCAGAUAGUUUCGUUAAAAAUGUCUUUUAAGGAUUGAACUUUUUUUAACUGAUUUAUAAAUAGGUAUUUUUCAAGUUAUUGAUACUUCCAAAUAUAUUUAAGAAUACUAACAUUUCUUAUGUUAGUUGAAACUGAUGCAGGAAAAUUUUUCACAGGGAAAAUUAUCACAAUUUUCUGGUGACAUUUAUUAAGUGGAGUUUUUUACAUAGAAUCAUUUGAAUUUCAUUUUUAAAAUAAAAUUUUAACCAAAUAAUCAGAAAAGUACAAAUUGGUGCACAUAAAUAAAAUACUUGGUAUAUAGCUUUACACUAGUUACUUAUAGAAGUUAACUUGUUUCCGUCCACCUCGGUCUGGAGUCUCAUUGUAUAAGUUUAUGUUUUUAUAUGUUGAAUAUUUGCAAUAUUAAAUAUAUACAAAUAA